AUGAAGCUAUCAUCCACAUUCACUCUUCUCUGGGUUGGCAUAGCCCUCGGUCAACAAGUACCUGAAUGCAGUCGAGAGCUCGCAGCAACUGACGAUUGUGCCGAUGUCAUCAAUGCCAAUGCCUGUUACAACCAAUUCCGAUUCAGGGACAACCAAACACUCUCUUGCAUUGGUGGCACGGACAAUAAUGCGAGGGCGAAAAAAGCGUGUAAAUGCUGUGGCUGCGUGGGCAAAGUGAUGUGCGAUUGGGUCACACAGCAGCGGUUCCAAUGUUAA